ACAAGCUGCUCCAGCAAGAACAUGGCACCGCAAUCAGUUACACUUGCCUCUUUUGACCAUCUUCAUAUCAGCGAUAAAGACAAAAUUAAGCUGAGGAAACCAAUUGUUGAGAAGAUGCGGAGAGAUCGCAUCAACAGUUGCAUUGACCAGCUCAAAAGUCUGUUAGAGAAGGAAUUCCACAGCCAUGACCCUAACACCAAACUCGAGAAGGCCGAUAUCCUGGAGAUGACUGUCAGCUUUUUAAAACAGCAGCUGCAGCUCCCAGAAGCUCUGGCUCAGAAGGAUUAUGAUGAAGGUCAUUCUCAUUGCUGGAGGGAGUCUGUACAUUUCCUCAAUCUUCAUUCCACCAGAGGUGGAGGAUCUGGCCGGGAGCUCCAGCAUCUGUACAACACUCAAGGAUCAAGCUCAACUAUCAGCUCCAUUACACCAGCACACUCCUCUAAACUGAGCACAGCCAUUAUACAGCAGCCUGAUAGGAGGCCCAUCUGGAGACCUUGGUAGAGAUGCUAAACCGUCAGUUGUAAACCUGAGGGACAGUUGCGUAAAUGUCUCUCAUAUGAGUAGGAGAUAUUCAUUUCCAAAGUUAAAGUUUGUUAUGUCUUGUCAUCAUAUUGAUUGACAAAAACUUUAGAUGAACAUGUGUUUGUCAGUGGUUCUGUAUCAAUAGCUCUUAAUGUGAUUUUUACCAGACACAUAUAUCAUAAUUUUUGCAAAUGUUAUUACAUUGUAAAUGGCUUUUUAUAUUUUGAUGUAUGCAUAUUUAA